AUCUUCAUGACGAUAUAAAUGUAAAAAUGUUACAAUGAUACGUAACUGAUACAAUAAAAUUCUAAUAGUUCCGCCUGUGAAUGGCAAGUUAAUAAUAAAAAAUUAAAAGAAACAUAUGUUACACAUAACUGAUUGAAAAUAAAAGUAGAUUAAACUAAAGACAGUAACACAAAAGGUGGCCUUAAAGCUCAGGUAGGGAGUAAUACCUACAUGGCGACCCUAGACUAAAGGAAAUGAUAUUAAAUAAGGAAAUUAACUAUGGGUUAGGGCAUUAGAAGAAACAAAACAUGAGAAAAUUGAAUAAAAUGCAAAUAAAUAAUUAAAAAAAAACAAUAGGAAUUUCAGGAGGAAUAGUCAAACUUGAGGAAAUGUUCCUUUAUCUAUCUAUUAAAUGAGUUCUGUGACUGCGCGCGUAUUUGUUUUAUUAUAGCCCUUUGAAGUUUUCUCUUCAUUGUGUAAUAUAACUAAUGCAGCUCUUUGAAUUUAUAACUUUGAUGCCACCAAUUAUAGUCUCACUAUGCUAUGUAGCAUUUAAAAUGUAGAAAUUGAAUUAUAAGUCAAACUUUCAAUGUCUCCAGUAAAGACUGAUUUUAAAAUUAAACCUAUUUAAUGAAGAUAGUGAAUUUAUGAAGUGACAUGAAAGUACGUUUAAGUUAAAUGCUGUGAAAAAAGUCAAGUUAAUGAUGAUGUGAACAGUGCCUGAAUUAUAAAAAUCUAAUGUGCGCACCCGUUAUGGCGAAGUGGGUUUGGUUGGCCGCGCUGUUAUGCGGCUCGCAAGCUGCUGUACUUCCACCACCGUGGGCGGACGUGCGACGGAAUCCGUGCGCUGCGCACCCUAAAGGAUGGCUCAUGCUGUACUGGCCUGCAGAUGGAAAAUGCUACACUAUUUAUAAGAAAGGACAUCCGUGCCCCGAUACCCAGGAGCUGAGUCCUGGUCGCUGGGGUGGCAGGACAGUUGCUGAAUGCAAAUGCCCUCCUGGCAGCGCACAGUUACCUCACACCACUAAUUGCCAUAAGCUUUUUGAGCGAGGUCCUUGCAGACCAGGGGAAUACUUCGCGCCAGUGGAGGAAUCCUUCAACAUGAGAGGUGAACGUCAAGGUAUGUGCGUGAGACCGCAGCAAUGUGCGGACGAGACCUUGAUAUAUUGGCCAGCGGAUGGCCGUUGUUACUACAAGAUGACACAGGGCCCGUGCUAUCCUGGUGCUAUUCUCGAUGUGGGAGAUGACGGCCUGGCCAAUUGCACGGUAUGUCAUUUCUAAGGGAGUUCAAGACCCGUUUAUGUAUUUGCAAAUACCGUUUCGUUUCUGUAAUUUGGAGCUACUGUAUCUUUUCACAAUUACAAUGCCUAAAAUUCUCAUGUUAUUUUUCGCAUUUUAAUGAAAGAAAAUAGAUCUCGUUUUGGGUACCUGAUGUUGGUUAUUUUUUAACGUUUCAAUAUAUUUGUGCUCGCUUGAUCCCUUGGGAACUGUUUAUUUGAAUGUCAUUUCAUACGAUUAUGACACGGAUAUAAUAGGGAUGACGACUAAUUUUUGUUUAUUUGUCCGUGAGGUAGAGCAUAAAAAAAUGUUAAACAUGUAUUUUUUUCGUAGUCAUAAAAUUACGACUUUACAUGGAGUUGAAAUUUCGCAUGACGUCAAGUUAUGGUACGUUUUCUACUCAACUGUGACAUAGCGAACCCCCACUCCUCAACUUUAAUGACUGUUAUCUAAGCUAUUUCUUGUUAAAUUGAAGUAAAAAAAAAUACGUAUCUAAGUUUUUUCUAUUAUCUGACUGACGGGCUAAAUAAAAUUGCAUUUUUUACCCAGUCGUCAUCCCUAUUACAAUGAUAAAUAGAAUAGUAAACAAAGGUUACUAUGGCAACGUUUUAAUUCCCCAUACAAACUUGCACUCCCAUUUUCAUAUCUUUAGUUGCUGUUUUUCGGGAUAAGAUUAACACACGGUUUCUGUUUAAGCCAUUUUGAACGGCCAUUAAAAACGUUUUCAUUAAUCCUAUUAAUAUUAUAAAUGUGAAAGUUUCUUUGUUUGGAUGU